ACCUGAAUCGGUACGCCUUCGCGCAUGGCGUCAGCGGGAUACUGGUUCGAAUCUCCUUGGGCGCACACUUUUUCUCCUGACUUGGAUACUUUCCUAAGGACACAAUGUGUGUCAGUCCUGAGAACAUCUCUCGGAGUCGAUCCUACAAAGAACCUUGUGACACUUCCAUCGAAUUACCCAUCUUGGCCACAAGAGGUUCCCAGUUGAUGGCGUACACGCUCACCCGCAUCCCCAACCCGCUGCGGGCGUGGGCGAGAGCCAAGCUCGAGCUCGGGAACGAGAGCGACUACCGGGUGUCCUACUGGGUGGUGAACGAGGACAAGCUUACCACCGCCGCCGUGAAGCGGCGCGUGUUUCGAAACAUCGAGGAUCAGCUGAACGACGGCGGCUCGGACAGGACCAACGCCAAGCAUCACAACGCUAAGCACGGCUGGGACGUCAUCAACGCCGAGCACGCGCUGGAUGAUGAGUACUUUAUACGACGAGAUUUCAGACCGGACGCCGCAACCGCCAAGAAGCUGCGGUUCCCUAAGGGCUCCCGGCAGCUGCGGGUCUACGCCUACGCCUGGUUCGAGAGGCAGAAGGAGUGGAGGGUGUUCAGGGACAAGGUCUGCGACAACGGCAGGUAG